AUGAAUGUGCAGUCUGGAUUUUCUCACAGAUGCAGCUCACUGGCUGCCGCGGGUCACUCUUCGCGCAGGACACUUCAGUUUGUCGAGCAACCCUCCCAGGCGUGCCCCCGGCAGAAGCCGGCCCCGCUGAGUGGAGCCCAGCCGCCGCCGCAGGCCCGGCACGGGGGAAGGGCCGGAGCAAUUCGCACGCUUCCGUGUGAGGGCGGGGCCCGCCUCGCACGCACCAAUCAGAGUGCGGGAGAGGGGGUAAAGUUAUGUUUUCUUUUCAGAAACCGGACCAUUUUAGAUUUCUUCAAAACUGUUUCAAACCAAGACCGUAGCUAUAAAGAUAGGACUGUGUUGUGCUCACCAGACAGAGGAAACACAAAAGAUGCAGGAAUCGGAUUGUCAGUUUUAUGUGCUGAACAUUUUGAAAGGAAGAUACCUUCUCCAGAGAAGGUCAGAAGAAAAAAGAUGCCAGACCAAACACCCAGCACAAGUCUUCUGGUAGAUGCCUUUCAGAGAAGAAUUAAGGAGAGAAAGGACAGUGUAAACAUUCUGGAGAAUGGCAGACCAUGUAAGGCACUGGGGUCACUAUACCCAAAAGUUGUGAUUGAAAAACUCUUCAUUACUGCAGGGUCUCACAGCAGUUUCUUGACCAAAAAGGAUAAAACUGGCAAGUCAGAACAGGGAAGAAAUGAGAAGUGUCUGGGUGUAACAAGAGCACCAUUGUCUUGUGGAAAUAGUUGGGAACAGAAAACUGACUGUAUGGAUCUAGAAGACGCUAGUUUAGCCUCUGACAAAUGGGUUUCAUUAUCGGAAGCUGAUACCCGAAAAGCCUGCGCUAGAAAUAAUGGCACUGCGAACAACACAUCUCCGUGCCAAAAGCCAGGUCUUCCCAUGAAAUUGUCCCAUAAUUCAGCAGAGUCUAAAUUUAGGUUGUCAUUGGAAGCUCUCUGCAGAGAAAGAAGACGGAAGAAACGUAAAAUGAAACAAUCCCAGACGCAUCCUGCAAAACCAUUCUCAGGAACACGUUUAUCACAUCAGGGAAAUGGAUGUUCUUUAAGAAAAAUGCCACAUUCUGCUUCAAGGGAGACUGCCUCAGAUGACCCAUCUCAAGCAAAGCAGGUUUCAAAACAUGGGGGGUCUUCUCCAAAUGCACUGAGAACGUCAUCUGAGAUGACUGCUGGUAUAUGGAAGAGCCAGCCUAUUCCUUCGCACUGCCUUAUAUCUAAGAUGUCUUCUGGGCGAUCCAAACAAAUAGACUUUCCUGGGAAGAGAAAGCACACCGCGAUGAGUGUGGAUGCAAAGAGUUCGGAGCAAUCUGAAGUAUCAAAUUUGAGUGACUCUGCUUGUAGUAGAUCAUCUGCAAAAUGCAAAAAUAGGAGGUCUGACUUUGUAAAAAAUAUCCUUUUAAAGUCUGCUUCUGGUGAUGUGCUGCAACUAAGGGAGGCUGCUGCUCUACCUAGACAUGACUCUACUCUUUCAGAGGAAUACCUCAACUCAAGCAAUGAAAAUGAGAAAAAUAAUUGGUCCUCUGCAGGUCCUGGUAAAAACAACCACAUUUCGGUUGUGGAUACCAAAGAGAAUCAAUUGCAGGUGGCUAAUUCACGCUUUUUCUUGGAAAAGUCCCUUCCUUUUUCUCAGGAAAAAAGUACUGUGUUGCCUUCUUUCUACCACUUACCACAAACAAAAGGUGUGAAAUCUAAUCUGCAGAAUGCUGGCUUGUCUCAGGUAUUGGAUGGGAAGAAAGAGCAAGGUGGGAAAAGACUAGAAAGACGUGCACGCUAUAAAUCUUACAGUAUUCAAUGCAGCAACAGUUUUUCAAAAACAAAAGACAAAACUUUGGAAAAUGCUUCUGAUUCUUGUUCAGUGGAAGGUUCCAGGAAACUUGCACUCUCAGAAGAGCCAGGUAAAAGCGUUUCCUGUUCAUCGUCUUUUAAAGAAGUGUGCAUGAACAGAGGCCAUAUUUCUUCACAACUGUCAGAAGAGUUAAAAGCUGAAAGCGCCUGUACAGACAAGUCCAAGCUGAAUGGAAAAUCAAAAAGCAGCUUUGAUGGUGAAGAUGAGAGUUUGGAACGCAGUCUAGAUGAUGAUGAUGAUGAUGAUGAUGAAGUAGUAUUCAUGCCACUGCAAGAAAUUCUCUCUUCAGGUCCCAAGCCACAGACAGGAACCCUGGAAGAACACUGUCUUGACAGUUUUUCUCAGGACACUGCAACUCCGUUACUGAAGCUUCAUCUACUUUCUGCAUCUCACAAGUUCAUCCAUUCUGGUGUAACACAGCAGCUUUCUUUAGCUAUUACUGGUUUUCUCAGUUCUGCUUACAGUUGUAUCUUGUGUCCCAUACCAAUUCUAAAGUGGCUUUUCCAGAUGAUGUCUGUCCAUCCUGACUAUUGUGUUUCCACCCAGAUUUUAGACAGAUUGAUGGAGAUAACACUAAAAAAUGCUUCCAUCAGUGAUGAACAAUCUAAACCAUGGAUUCCCUCACUAGCUGAUGUGUCAGCUGUUUUUGUCAAUAUGGGUGUUGCGUUUAGAUCUCUCUUUCCAUUGCAACAUCUUCAGCCCAACUUUAAGGAGAGUGAUAUUUUAAAUCAGAUGCAAGAAACAAUGAGUAAACAGCAGCCAAGAGGAGACCUAGCUUCUACCAGUCCAGUCUUCUCCAGUCUACCAGAAAACAAUUUAAUUAAUGUGAUUAAGUUUCUAGGUUUCUGUACAACAGUAAUUCAAGGUGGAUAUACUGAUCAAGAAAUACUACUGCUGCUUUUAUUGCUAUUUAAAAUAAGCUUGGAGAAACAGCUGAAGGAAAUUCCUUUGAUAGAUUUUCAGUGCCUUUCCAUAAAGCUUCUGAUAAGUAUAAAAGACUGGGAUACAAAGAUGCCUGAGCUCUGCCUGGCAGUAAGUGAACUCUCCAGUCAUCACCAUAAUCUCCUGUGGCUAGUUCAGCUGGUGCCGAGCUGGAUAAUACGUGGACGGGAAGUAAGAAGACGUCUUAGCCUAGUGAUCAUUUCAAAGCUUCUUAAUAAAAAGCAUAUAGAAAUACCUGAUGACAGUGACAAGCAGAUGUCUCUUCUGUAUAAUUUUCUGGUGUACAUGAAACCUUCUAAUCUACUAAAGAAGAUGAGAGAAGGACUGGAGCAGCAGAGUGCUAAUAGAGACCAUAUUCAUACACAGCUAGAACAGGAGGCAUACUACCUAAUCUACAUUCUCCUUCGUCUAGUCAGUGAAGCUAGUUUCUUUGAUGUUGUAAAUUCUAAUCAAAGGCAACACUUGAUGAAGCUUUGUGGUGCCUUAGAUAAGCACAUAAAAUGUGAUAUUAGGGAAGAUGCAAGGCUGUUUUAUCGAACAAAGGUGAAAGAAUUAGUUGCUAGAAUAUAUGGCAAAUGGCAAGAUACGAUACAAACCACUCGGCUUACUCAGGGAAAACUACAUGACUUCUGGGAGCCAGAUUCUUGAAGUCUUGCCUAGUUCAGGGAAAGUUAACAGAAAAACUCUGAUACCAAGGAAGACAUAGAAUGAAUGGAGCUUCACCUUGGUUGGAACAGAAGAAGAAUCUGAGUUCUCAGGAACCUGAGUUAGAAGUUGAGCUUGAUUCAGGCAAAUAAAAUAAACACAGUCAUCUAAUUAAUAAUUGCUUUUACUACAAAUACAUUACUUCUGAAAAAUUUAAGUAGAUAAAAAAGCCCAGCUAUUUAGAUAGCUCUGUCUGAAUUGGCUAGCAAUGUUUUAUCAUAUUGAAAGCUGAGGGAAGUUUUCUCAUUUCUGUUGUUAAUUGUAAGACAUAUUUGAAAACUGUCUGUGUGAAUUUUCUUGCCAGCGCCCACCUGCAAGUAUUGUUUUAGGAUGGCUGGGAAAGAGCUGCCCUGUGACACAGAACGUGAGUUCAGUGUUAGACCUGCCCUGUUGUGAGCAGAUGAGGAAGUGGUUCAAAACUGGACUGAAUAACAGAAUUGCCUGCACACGUUAAUUUGCAAAGCAGAAUUGGUAUGAUCAUCCAGUGUCCCUAAAAGUGGAUUCUUUGCUCUGUGGUUGUGUUUUAUCAAAUAACAAAAUGGAAUUUGUUACUGCAAUGAUGCAUUCAUUUUAACUUCCUCGUUUUCAGGCAUUACUUUAUUUAUGCAGUGAAUGUGACUGCACGGGAAGUGUUUCUGUAAGACCAAGUUAUAAAUGAAAUCUUAUUGUACCAGUAGUGUUGUUGUACUGCUGUUUAAGAAUCAAACACCUGUGUUAUCUGCCUUCAGCACUCCCUCUAAAUGGAGAAAGUGCUAACCCUAAAAUCUCAGCUCAGUGGAGAUUUGAGGAGAUGAGCUUUUGGCCCACCUAUGUAAAACCUGUGAAAGCCAUAUGAGGUCUGAAUUCCUUUCUGUGAAGUUUUGCUGUGCAGACAAUAUGUACACAAAGCUCCAGGAGCUGUUUGUGAAAAAAUCAAAGGAAGAUGUGAUCUCCUUUUGUGAUCUCUGUGCAGAUGCCAUCACUUAAAUGUUUCACUGUGGUUUGUCUGUAGGAUGUGUGUAUAUAUGAAGAGAAAGUUAAGGUAUUGGGUAGAAACACCAACUGGGAUUCCUGUAACAAGUGAGAUUUUUUAAUAAUAUCAACGUGUGCAUUUUAAAAUACUGUUUCCUUUUAAUUUUUUAGAUUACCUGUCUUGUAUGAUAAAUUGCCUACAACUUUCCAAGAUGAGAAAGUAAAAUAAGUUUCAAAAAAACCCCACCCCACCUUCAAAUUUAAGUAUGUAUAUUACAUAUAAAGGAACUGCUAUAGAAUGAAUCCAUCUUAUAGGGAAGGUAUUUUAUUUGCAAAUUCGUAUUUAAAUGUUUUGUCUUUCAUUUCAAGUGUUAGAGAAUUAGCCUAAGACUGCAGUGUCUCUGUGCUCUUCACAGGAUAAUCAUCUUAUCUUUCUUCAAAAGUUAUGCUGUGGCAUUGUUUGGGGAGAGGGGGAAGAAAAUCCCUUUUUUAAAUCUCAACAUGUUGUUUAAGAAUUGGAAGAAUCUACCUCAAAGGGUAUCUUUGUUUGGAAAUAAAACUGCUUUAGGCUAAAACCAAAAAAAUUACAUGGUGUUAUAUAUGUAUGGCAACGCCAUCCUUUGCUCUGCUUGUCUUCGAUAGUGUAUCAACCUUCCCUCUGGUAGCAGUUGGUUACUCUAUUGAAUAUAUUGUAUGUAAUUUUAUUAAUGUUUAUAUUUUUUUCUCACUAAUGUUGUAUAAAGUUUUU